CUUGUAGCCUGUAAGUGUUGUUCCAAGUGUUCAAUUGAAUAAUUUGGAUUGGAAAAAUUGGGGAUUUUUGACAGAAACUUUUUUGUUGAAUUUGCAGGUCUUCUCGUUCAAGCUUCGGGGAGCUUACAACAUGAUGGCAAAGCUUCCAAGGGAGCAACUGGAUCAAGGGGUUAUUUGCUCCUCAGCUGGAAACCAUGCCCAAGGAGUUGCCUUGGCUGCUAAGAAGUUGAAUUGCAGUGCUGUGAUUGCAAUGCCUGUAACCACACCAGAAAUUAAGUGGAAAUCUGUUGAGAGAUUGGGCGUCACGGUUGUUCUUAUAGAGGAUUCAUAUGAUGAGGCUCAAACUUAUGCUAAGAAGCGGGCUCAAGAGGAGGGAAGGAGCUUCAUACCUCCUUUUGAUCACCAAGAUUUUUUUUUCUUCUUCACUUUUUUCAGUUUUUUUCUUCAAACUCAAAAUGACACUUUUACCCCUCAUUUUGAUGGACAAAUUGACAGAGUUGGAUGGUAUGACCCAAUUGCAACUAUUUGUCCAGUUAAAGGAUGUCAUUGCCUUAAAAAUUAGUUCACGGACCCAAUUGCAAAUGG